UGCAGUCCAGUCACACCUGGAUAAGGUCACCGACGCGAUGCGCACAGGUAAAAACGACGUGGUUACUUAGCAACAGCAGAAAAUAUUUGGUUGCUAGGACACAGUGGUACUUGCAUUCGGUUGUUACACGGUGUACACGUUUUAAAACAAGUCGUAACGGGACAAAAUCCGAGCAGAUACGCCAAUAUGAUUCCCGGCGGAAUUGAAUACACGAGUUUUAAUGUUACGUCGGAUGUCACGCGCAUAAUGUCAGUGAUUAGUUUUCAUCCCACGUGCUCUUCGGACGCGUGCUCGUAUUUACUGUCAGCUCGUAUGAUGACUGACGCGCAGCGUAUUUACGCACCGGAGAGGGAAAGGACUACACUGCCGCGCUCCAAAGCUGGGCUCUCAGCUCUUUUCAAUUCAAUUAACCUGUGAUUCAGACCCAGUGAUGCGCAAAGUCUCUGUGCGGUCCACUACACCGGUUUUACGCGCAGGAGUUCAGGGAUCUGUCCGUCAACCCCAGACGAACACUCGCGCGGCACGCUGACACGAAACAAGGACAGUUUCAUCUUUACUUCUUCACCUGAAUACCUCCAGAGAGCGAGUACUCGAUGAGAAGAAGAUCGUGCAGGUGUUCAUCAGCAGCCCAAAUGAAACGAUGAAUGAAACUUCUUACCUGGCUAUAAGAGGCCUAUGAAUGGGACUGUGCUGUGGCCACCACGGCUCUCUGGGAUCCAGUCAGGACUAUGUGCUGCCCGCAAGCCCCUCUGAAUGCACUGGCCAACCGUUUGCGAGAACAGGGAGGGCGGGCCGGCCCACCGGGGACGAGCCGGAAGCAGGGCAACACCUCCUCCUUUUCGGAUUGCGGUGCUGGGGGCCCAAGGGGUGGGCAAGACAGCCAUCGUGCAGCGCUUUCUUCGCGAUGACUACAGCGAGGUGGCGGUGUCCAGUAAGACACGGAGGGUGCAUCUUUCUGCCGCAGUGCUCAACGGUCACGUACAUGACCUCCAGAUCACAGAUUAUCCAGCCAUCAGCAGCUUUCCCGUCAGCUCCCUGCAGGAAUGGUCAGACGUUUGCUGUCGAGGCAUUCGAAGCGCUCACGUCUACAUCUUGGUUUACGACAUCUGCUGUUUCGACAGCUUUGAGUACGUCAAGACCAUGCGGCAGCAAAUCUUGGAGACCAGGGUCAUGGGCUCUGGCGACACUCCUAUUCUGAUUGUCGGCAACAAGCGUGAUCUGCAGCGAGGUCGCGUGCUUCCCCGGCACAGCAUAUCUGACUUAGUCCGAAAGAGCUGGAAGUGCGGAUACGUGGAGUGUUCGGCAAAGUUCAACUGGCACAUUCUUUUACUGUUCGGAGAGGCUCUCCGAAGCGUGGGAUGCGCCCGGUGCAAACACGUCCAUGCCACCAUCCGUUUCCAACGAGCGCUCAGGAGAGAGCGCUGUGUCCUGAUGUGACAUUCCAGGCUGUCAUUGCUCCAUGGUUGCCUGGUCAAAAAUCUUCACAUUUGGGAUGUUGAUAGUGGAUAGACGUGGUCAAAAACAGGGAUUCCCUCAAAGUUUUAAAGCCUGAUGUCUCCACCUUUAGCCUGGAAGAACGCAACUGACAUCUCUGCCCUUUUACACUGGAAAUCCAAAAUUGGAAAAAGCCAGCUAAAGGCAGCAAAGAUAAUAUAAUAGCACAAUAACUCUUUAUCAUUCCUUAUCUUCAGGCUAGGACAGCACUGACCUAUGCUUAUGCUGAGCCAAUGCUAAAGGAUCUUCCAGCACAAAAGCGUUCCCGUAUUAGGAACCCCUUAAACCAGAACUGGAACCCGGCGCUUAUUCUGCAAUACUCCACAGAACGCAAAUUAGACUGCAUGUUCUGUGGACACUUGAUACUGUGUCUUAUCCUAAAAGAUUCAUAUGCCAAGGUAUUUUAAAGCAUUGUAGUCAAUAUCUAAAUCUUUAUGUGUUUCAUUGUGGAUCCCAUUUUUAUGUAUAGGUCUGGGGCAUGGGAAGUGUUUUUGUGAGAGAAGUAAAAAAGAUUUUCUUUUCCUAACAUAUAACUGUGACUCAUACACUUAAACACAAUGCUGGGUUAUUUUUAAUACGAUUUCACGGAAAGUCAUGUUAUAGUCACCAAAAAAUUUGAUUAAUUUGUUCAUGUCCAUGGCACAAAAUUCAGCUUUUUUGUGCCUUGAGCAUGAAUGUCUUUUUCUAUAAAUAGUUUUUCGUGUCUGUGGCACGACUUUCUUUUCCGUGUCAUUUUAUGUAUUGUUUUCUAUUUUUUUCCUAUUUUUAAAUCAUUGUCGCUUGGGGUUGGGGUUAGAUUUGGGGUUUGGGUUAGGAUGUACUUUUAUGCAUUGGUUUUCUACAUGUUUUUCUUCCACUUUUAAAACUAUUCUCACCUGGAGUUGGGGUUUGGGUUAGAAUGUCUAAAAUGUAACAGAAAGUGAUUCUAACCCCAAUCGACAAUGGUAAGAAAAAACAAUGAGAAAACAAUACAUAAAAUGAAACGAAAAAGAAACUAUUUAUAGAAAUUUGUGCGAGUGACACGAACAAGACAUUCGUGACUACAACACGACUUUCCGUGAGAUGAGUCUGGUUAUUUUACAACCCAGCGUUAGGUAUAAAGGGACGAACCCAACCCGACUGGUUUUAAUUUACCUAUGAUGAGAUGUUUCAACCCAAAAUGCUAGGUUGUUUUAACCCAUUGUUCUGGGUUCAUUUGAACCAAUAGCUAAACCCGACAAGUACUCAAAACUUUUGUGGAAAUUGAUUACCAAAAAAGAUUUAACCCUGGAGAACCCAAGAACCCUUCUCUUAGCAUUAAUUAACAUUGGCCAAAUUUGACCUGUGGGUUCUCCAGGGUUAAGUAAACCAACUCAAAAUUUUUAAGUAAUUAAUAUUUAUAAAUUACAAUUAAUCGGAACUUAAAAGUUUAUAGUUCAUUGUCUUUAAAGUGCACCGAUUUCACUGCUAAAAAAACGACAACUUUAUUUUGUGUAUUUGGUAUAAUUCAAUGUGUUCGCGUGGUUUAUGGUUAAAAACACAUUAUUUUCCACAUACCAUUCAUUUUUGUAGCUCCAGAUAUACUGCCUUCCUCAAACGGAUUGAUUUUGUACAAAACUCAUCGAUCUGAAAAGCUCUGUGUCCCUGAUUGGCCAGCUAAUCUGUACGUUGUGAUUGGCCUAAAUACCUCUGAUGUCAGCCAUAAAUGUGACGCUCCUUACCAUGUUUGAAAGAUUCGCUCACAAUGCAAUGCUAACAGGAGUUAACUUACAGGCUGUGAGUCCAAAACAGGAGGAAUUAUGAGUAAACUGUUGCCUACAAUCUGUGUGUUUGUUGUAGUCCAAGAAAAGAGAUUUAUGUUGGAGACGAUAACUCACGUUAUCAUUUACUUUGGGGUUUGUACCUUUACAUAAUCGGACGAUAGUUGCUCUUUAAUAUUUAAGUACACUAUACUUAAAACUACUGUUUUACCUUGAGUAGUGUUUACCAUUUAUGUUUUGUUUACAAGUCACAGAAACAGACAAUGUGACUCAUCUUUAUGUAAGUGUGAAGAAACUGAACUCAGUGCUGGCAUUGACAUUAAACAGUCAUUGUUUAUAUAAUAAAGCAACACAGCCUAAGCACAGCCACUACACAACAAAACUAAAAAAUAGCAAACUCUUCUCCAACAUAAUUGAAUGUUUAACACUGAAAACUACAUAAAAUAUCACUUCAUUUAAAAAUAUAUGUUCCUUUUUGACCCAAACCUGGUUUAAAAACAACAACCUAGCAUUUUUAGAGUGUAUGAAGCUUGUGUUACACAGCCCUGUAUGAACGAAUCCAUGUUAAGUACAAAUGUCAACGUCUAAAGUGGCCAGCUGUCUAAUAAAUGGACAGAUAUUGAAAACACAA